UUCUCUCAAAUGUGUCGGUAUAUACUUUCGAAACCCAGUAUUGUUUCCUGAACUAAGAGUAAAACUUGAACUUUUUCAAUGAAAUGGGAUUCCUUAAGUUGCAAGGAUGCAGUGCGCUAAUAUACUUUUGUUUACUGUUUUCUGUUUAUGAAGCAGGUCAUGUUACCAUUAAACGCAGCAUUGACCCAUCAGCUUCCUAUCCGCUUAUUACUGAUGACCGACUGCCGAAAGAUGUUAUUCCUCAGAGCUAUGAUAUUCAUUUAGAACCGAAAAUUGAAGAAAAUGCAUUCUCUGGUAUAAUAAAAAUGAAUUUGACGUGGAAAUCAGACUCAAAGAAAAUUUCGAUUCACGCUCACUUCAAUUUGGAUAUCAAUGAUAAGAAAAUUGUAUUACGAAAAAUAAAUACGAAUAAUAGUGAUUCACAGUUAUCUGAAAAUAUAUCUGUUGUACGUGGAAGUCGAUUCCCGAAGAAGACAAUUUAUAUCAUUUACCUGAAGGAGGCCAUUAAAGAAGGCAGUGAAUGCAUUUUGGAAAUUCCGUUUGAAGGAAGUAUUUGGGAGAGUGGAGAAGGACUAUUCAAGGGAUCCUAUUCAAAUUGGACUUAUUUAGCCACUUACCUAAGACCGAAUAACGCUCGACGGUUGUUUCCCUGCUUCGAUGAACCUGGAUUCAAAGUUCCAUUUACAGUCUCCAUUACCAGACCAAGCCAUUUAUUUACGAUUUUCAACACUCCACUUAAUCGAACAAUUAAUCAUUCUACUUUAAAAGAUUAUGUAAUUGACUAUUUCGAAACAACCCCACCGAUGUCUGCCUUCACAUUUGGUUUUGUGACGGCAAAUCUUAAAAAAUUACAAAAUGAGAUUAAACUUGAUGAAGAUACAUCAAUCCAAACAGAACCAGUAUUAAGUCUUUGGGGAUUUGAAGAUAAUGCAAACCAAUUUAAGGAAAUCCACCAAAAAGUUAUAAUUGUUCACAAAGCAAUUCAAAGAUAUUUUAAUGUAUCCUUGCCUUUAUCUAAAAUCGAUGUGGUUGUCAUUCCUGAGCUACAGGUGGUGCGCCCGGUAGAUAAUUGGGGACUUUUGCUGUUUAAAGAAAGCGAUCUUACGCAAAAUCGUUAUUAUGACAUAGCACAAGAGUUGAUAUAUCAAUGGAUUGGCUCGUGGGUGACCCCUGAGUGGUGGACUGAUGCCCAUCUAAACAAGGCCCUGGCCAGCUUCUUAGCGGCAGAUAUUGUCUUUAAGAUAGAUGGUGGCAUCGAAUUCAAUGGCAAAUAUCCUAUGACGACGCUUUAUUCAAUAUAUUACGAGUUUAGUAAAAGAUACCCCCAUUCCCGCAUUACAGCGAUGAAGCAAGAGACAAUAUCGUACAAAUUAGAGCUUGUUAUACGCAUGCUAAACUUUACUUUGGGCAAAGACUCGUUCCAAAGGGGUCUCAGAACGUUCAUUGAGGAGCAUCAGUAUAAGACAUUUGUUGGAAAUGAUCUUUGGAGUGCGCUAACCAAGCAGGCGACAAUGCAUGGAACGCUCAACAGCCAAUAUCAUGUGGACGACAUUGUCGACUCGUGGUUUGCGAUUCAUCGGUUACCUGUCGUAACUGUUCGCAGGGAUUACGAAAAACGAACCGCAGCUGUUCAGCAAAAACUCUACCUCAGGGAGAGACCACACGACGUGCCUGAACAGGAGAAAAUGCUUUGGUGGAUUCCAAUAGUUUUAAACCGCCAAGAUGCACUCAAUUUCUCAAAUUGCACUCCCUACGUGUGGAUGGAAAGGUCUCGGGAAAUGACAAUUGACAACAUGCCACCCAGUGACCAAUUUAUUAUUGUCAACCAAGAAGAAAUAGGUCCUUUUCCUGUCAAUUACGAUGAACGGAAUUGGCAAAUGCUCUCCAAAUUUUUACAAACUGAAACCGGUCGAACUCUGGUUCCAACAUACACGAGGUCAAAACUCUUGCACGAUGCUUGGAAUCUCGCAUAUGCUGGCGAUUUGAGUUUUGCAACGGCCCUCAACAUGACAUUAUUUAUGAAAUUUGAACGAAAUCAUAUUGUAUGGAAUCCGGUGUUCACGUUUAUUGAUCAAAUUGGUCGGCAUAUUGAUAUGCCGGAAGUCCAUAAGAGAUUUGAGGAAUAUGUCUUAAUACUGCUUACACCUUUAUAUGAAGAUUUGGGUGCGGAAACUGAAGGCGAAGAUAACUGGAAAACUGAUUUGCGCUCAUUGACCAAGAGAUUUUUGUGCGGCGCCGGCUAUCGACCUUGUAUAGAAGAAGCCAAAAAUGCGUACAGUGUCUGGCAACACUUACCCGAUCCAAACUUGGAGAAUCCGGUGCCAAAUCAUUACAUUUGUCCCAUUUUCAAAUGGGGAUCCAUGGAAGAGUUUCAGUUCGGCAUAGAGCGAGUACUUCAGUUCCCAAAAUCACGUAAACAGAACGAGCGAACCUAUUUAUUGAAGACUCUGGCCGGUUGUCCAACGCAGCCUGAGAAGAUUAUUCGACUGCUAGAGCAAUCGACUCUAGAAGAAAACUCCAACUUUACCGAAAACGAUCAGUUCUUAAUAUAUUCCUCACUCACGGCUACCUCCAGCGGCCAUUACACGUUAUUAAAAUUCUUAUCCGGCAACUGGACGACGAUACGGGAGAAAUUAAUAAAUAAUACGAACUUGUGGGACCACUUGAUAGGCUCGGCCACUGGAUUCUUUUUAACUCAAAAAGGUUACAAUAUGGUGCAUCAGCUUUAUGAAGAGCAUGCUGGGGAAUUCGGAAGCGCACAACAUAUAAUCGAAAAGUCACUUCGCAACAUAAAAGAAGAAGUUCUGUGGAGUGAAGAGAAUCUGCCGGUCAUCGAAACUUGGCUAAACAACUUUCUUUCCAAAAACUCAAGUAACUCUUCAUAAUAGAUCAGAAAAUAUCAAAUUGUUUGAGCACGUGUGUUA